UGCGUUGUCAUGGGAUCGUCCCAGCUCAUGCCCUUCGAAGGGAGUAGGGCAUAGGGAUGCUCCCUUCCGUUUGGAAUUUGCCCAAUGUUGCACACUACGUUUACAUGUUACGUCAGUAUGACCAGAGCGUUUCAGACAGGGAAACGAUCCAUGAGUGAGCAAGCUAUUGAAUCUUAUAUAUCGUAUACUUAUUAUUUAAUGAUUUCCGAGUAAUAAUUCGUUUUAAAACAGAACAAUAGUGUUUCUAGUACGGUGCAGUUGUCUCUCACAGUAUGUUGUAAUGGACGCGAGCAGUUGUGGCACCCCUCCGCGCUCAUAAUGGUAUGCGCCGUAUCGCACGCUGACUGGAAACAUGUGGCUCACUGUGUUUUUUGGAUAGUGGAGGCUCAGUUUGCCGGUUUGUCAUGUAGAGAAACAUAUCGCAUCUUUUAGGAAAUAAAUCAGUGAUACAGUCUGUAAAACGACUGAAAGUCAAGAAUACACAGUUGUCACCUCGACAGACAGGAACUGAAGGGCCUUUAACGGGCUCUCUGGAUCAGACAGGUGAAGCCUGCGACCAGUUAUCUUUCAGCUGCUCCAGAGAUCAUUCCUCUAUUGUGUGAGCUGAUUGGUCGUGACCAUGAGGAGGUGUAAGAAUUGUGGGGGGACGGACAUUGAUGUGGACCAGGCACGGGGUGAUGCCGUGUGCAUGGGCUGCGGCUCCGUGCUGGAGGACAACAUCAUCGUUUCCGAGGUAACCUUCGUGGAGAACAGUGGAGGAGGAUCGUCUGCCGUGGGGCAGUUUGUUGCUGGUGACUCAUCUGGAACUGUGCCAUCAUUGGGAGGAAAUUUCCACACUGGGGUUGGGAGGGAGUCCAGAGCUGCCACUCUACAGAAUGCUAAGCGACAGAUAAACCAUCUUGGUCAUCAGCUACAAAUGAAUCAGCACUGUCUGGACACUGCCUUCAACUUUUACAAGAUGGCACUCUGCAAGCAUCUGACCAGAGGACGCAAAUCAUCCCAUGUCAUCGCCGCCUGCCUCUACCUCGUCUGCCGGACAGAGGGAACGCCUCACAUGCUACUUGACUUGAGUGACAUCCUACAGGUGAACGUGUAUGUUUUGGGGAAAACCUUCCUUGUUUUAGCCAGGGAGCUGUGCAUCAACGCACCAGCUAUCGAUCCGUGUCUUUAUAUCCCGCGUUUUGCGCAAAUGCUGGAAUUUGGAGAGAAGAGCCACGAGGUUUCGAUGACGGCACUGCGUCUCCUGCAGAGGAUGAAGAGAGACUGGAUGCACACAGGACGAAGACCUUCAGGCCUCUGCGGAGCAGCUCUCUUGGUUGCAGCCCGUAUGCACGAGUUCCGUCGCACAAUUAAGGAAGUGAUCAGCGUGGUGAAAGUCUGUGAGGCCACACUGAGGAAAAGGCUGAAUGAAUUUGAGGACACGCCCACCAGCGAGUUGACUAUUGAAGAGUUCAUGAGGGUGGAUCUGGAGCAGGAGUGCGACCCGCCCUCUUACACGGCUGGACUUAAGAAGCAAAAGCUAAAACAGAUUGAGCUGGAACUUGCAAAGAAAGUUGAUGACAUUGAAGGUGAAAUCUGUGGCUAUCAGGAUGAGAUUGAAGUCGAGCUGGAGAGCUGUAGGCCCAGAGCCAGGGGAUUUUAUGCAUCCUACUCCAAAGAAGAUGAUGUGAUUUCCUUGGCAUCAUCCAGUGUCCUUGUUGGUGAUGAUGGAGAGGACGAUGAGCUGAGGGCAGCAGCGUCUCACCUGUGCAGUACUGUAUGUGCAGAGGAUGGAGGUGGCAAUGAGCAAGACCGAGAUAGAGAGAAAUCCACUCCAACCAAACGGCCCUCGUUAGCAUUAUUGCUUGGAGCUUUGCCCACUGCUGCCAGUUUGGGCCUGCCCGAGUCCAUCACUAAAAUGGGAGAGGAGAAGGAGAACGAUGUGGAGGCAGAAAACGGUGAGCUAGACCUGAGCGGUAUUGACGAGGACGAGAUCGAUCGGUAUAUCCUGAAUGAGAAGGAAGUUAAGGUGAAGACCGAACUGUGGAUGCUUCAAAAUGCAGACUACCUCAAAGAACAGAAAGAAAAGGAAGAAAGAAUAGCAAAGGAAAAGGAGGAGGGUACAUAUAAAGAGCGGAAGCCUAGAAAAAAGUCAGCACGGAGGCAUGAGCCCAUCAAUGCCAGCACUGCAGAUGAAGCCAUUGAAAAGAUGUUAGAGCAGAAACGCAUCUCCACUAAAAUAAACUAUGAUGUCCUGAAAGACUUGAACAAAUCCAGCCUAAAAAGUCCCACUCGCCAUCCUGAAGAAGGUUCCACUGGAGCCAAAAGCACCCCCGCGGCCCGCCAACGGAAACCCCUACUGACUUCACCCAGUAUUGGCAAAACUAUCAGCAGUUUUGGCAAGAGGUUACAGCCCCUGGUGUGUGCGCAGCCCUCUAAGAAGCUGGCCCUCGAUCAGAAAGGGUCUGGUGCUCCAUUGCCCAUUCCUGCUGCCCCAACCCAGAAUGCUACUGUUGUAGAGAGUGGACCGGUGGCGUAUGAAGACCCUGCAGAUGAAGAAGAGGAGGAUGAGGAGGACGAACACUGUGUCAGUGCUGUGCAGUUAAUGGGCAGCACUGAUUAUGGCUAUGAAUUAGAUGAUGAUGAUGGCUUCUGAAUCCAGGGUGUCUGUGGGAGCACCAGUGGAGAGGACACACUAACACUUAGCCUGCUGCUUCAUUUUGACCCCAAAACACACAUACAACAAUGUCCAUCUCACGACUCCUGGUGUUCCUGCUUAUGUUUGCAAGAUGAGAAGAAAGAUUGUGGACAUCACACACAACAGAGGAGAAGACCUACAACUAAACAAGAACGAAGACCCCAUAUUCUUGUGUUUGUGCUUUUCAGUAGAUGCAUGUUCUGAGCUCAUGUGCACUAAGUAACUUAAACACCAUUUAAACUCACACAAACAGGAGCAUGAGAGUAAAUGGAUGUGUGUGCGGUGAUUGGGAGAGAUGAUUCUCUCUCUGGAGUGUGUGAGCCUGCUAGCUAACUGCAUUACUGUGUGUUUUAGGCUAAUGAUGACAUAUGAUCUUUCACAUCUAAAGCGAUUAGCCCACAUGAGGCUCUGGCCUCUGUGUGGACAAACGUGCGCAUGUACACGUGCCUUUUACAAUUGCAGUAUACAGGCCUGGAAUAGUAUUACUUUUAGAGCCAAAGUGUUAUUCUUUAAACCAGAUAUAGCUUUAUGUGUUCAGUUUUCAGAGUGGAGUACGGGUGUGAAAUCUGAUUAGUAACAGUGUUAGAUUUUGCUCAGCUACUUGGCUGCUUUCCUAGUGCCUUGUUAAUUUUUAUUAUUAAAUUACCCACUGGUCUGAUGGAUUUUCCAUUUUGAGCUAGUUAAUUUUUUUUUACUUAAACAAUGUUUAAAAGGUACUUUGAUGAGAGCAUAAUUAUUUUUGAUUCGAUGGUUGCUGCUUUUCUGGUUUAUGGAGAUGAGUACUUGAAAAAUUCAUUCCUGAUAAAUGCUGUUAAAUAUUUACAAAAUGCAAUAUUUGUUUUUUGACCGAUAAAGGAGAUGUUUACAGUGUUAGAUUGUUUCAAAAUGGAUUGAUAGUUUAGUAUUGAUUUGUUAAUGAGGAAGAAAAUAUGAUUGUUUUAAUAGUAUUACUCAUAUCUUAAUACUCAGUAUUGAAAAAGUGCUCUUGGAGAAUGUUUUACUUUAUUUAUACUUUAUUCUCUUCAGACUCAAAGAUGAGUAAAAAAUAGGAGUACACUAUUUUUUUCUGUUAGAAAUGUAUUUGAGUGGUUUAUUCUGGCACAACACAGCAGAUAUUACUGAUGCAAACCCAAGCCAUUCAGAUUUUGAUAAAGCCUAAUAAUUACAAGUACAGAUGAUCCAAUUUAUUAAGAGUAAGCAUCUUAAAAUGUUAGAAGAUACAAAAAAAGAAACAAGUUGGACAGUGAUCACAAAUUGUACUGUUUAAACAAUUGACCCAAACAUCUGUAUUUGCAUCCACAAUUGAUAAAUUAAAAUAAAUGUCUUUGUGAACUCUUGCUUGCUUAAUAAAAACUAGUAUACGAGUCUUCAGGAUUUCGAAAAGAUCAGAUCUUGCUCUGUAGCUCAUUAGAGCCAGUGUCUUUUGGAAUUGAUUGGUUUGGUCUUGCGGCAGUAAUGUUGACUAUACAACAGACUCAAAGCAGUGUUCAGUAAACCUUAAAUAGUAUUUAUGAGCAAAGAAAUAAAGAGUAAUCAUGAUA